AUGCCCCACGCCGAUAGUGCAUACGUACCGGAAGAUAUCAAGACAAAGGAGCAGUUCUACCACCAUGUCACUGAACAGAUAACAGCUCUACUUAAUGGGAGCCGCUACUGGGUAUCCAAUCUCGCCCAGGUAGCUUCCCUGCUAUCCCACUCCUUCCUCUCUUCCCCUCUCUAUGGGUACACCACGGUAGACACACCUAAGGUCAACUGGGUCGGCUUCUACCUCCAUCCCCCACCACCCGCGCCUACGCAGACUACCGCUCCACUCCUGGUCGGGCCAUACGUCGGCCGGCCGGCAUGUAUAUCCAUCACACCACGAGCUGGACGAGGAGUAUGCGCAGACGCCUUCUUGACGGGGCGGACUGUAGUAGUUGACGACGUCGAGGCGUAUCCUGGACAUAUAGCUUGCGACGGGGAAACCAAAUCCGAAAUCGUCGUUCCCCUCAGAAUACCCCUUCCAGGGGACGAAGACCGAGUCAUUGGCGUUCUCGAUCUCGACUCGACAUCGUUAGGGACGUUCGACGAGGCAGAUCGGAAGGGCCUCGAGGAGAUUGUCGCUGUAUUGCGGGAUGCAUGCGACUGGAGCUGA